UCCUAGUGUUUCCUUUACCCCUCAAGUUUAGUAUCAGAAAAUAUCAGUACAAAAAGAUGCAUCCUUUUUGUAUGUGUAAUUACCAGACAGUUGGGAGAGAGAGAGAGAGAUGACUGAGGAUUGGGGAACGGCAGUGAGAGAGAAAAUGAAAGCAGAUUGGGGACCAGCUGUGGUUGCAGUGGCAUUGUUCAUCAUCUUGUCGCCGGGACUCCUAAUCCAGUUUCCAGCGAGGAGGAGGACAGUUGAAUUCGGCAACAUGUACACAAGUGGGAUUUCCAUUCUACUUCAUGCAGUUUUGUUCUUUUGUAUUUACACAAUCUUGAUCAUUGCCAUUGGAGUUCACAUACAUCCUACCUGAUUUUAUGUUCUUCCCUGGGCAUUUCAUGAAAUUCUAUACGAUUGCUUUUCAUGGUUUAGUUUAUAUGAAGAUGUACCAGUUUCCAUUACUUGCAAUUUAAUCAAAGAGUUUUAGAUCAUGACCAGAAAAUUGCUGUAUAGUUUCUUUUAUGUACUUUCUAGUUUGGCUAUAGCUAGAUUUUUGCCAGAUGCCAGUUCUCAUGUCGAGAUUAUUUGUCUCCAGACAAGAUAUAAACUAUAAAAUCAUAGAUGAAGCAUGCUCCCAGUUUUACUAUCUUUUAUUUUAGUAACAUUUUCCCACUGCUUUGCCUUUAUGCUUCAAUCUUGUGCCUUUGGAUACUUUACUUGUAUUCUAUUGGAAGUUAGCCUCUGUUUGGUGGCCUUUAUUUGUGAAAAACUAUGUUUUGAAUGAAAGAAUGUAUGGUUUAAAAAUAUGAAAAAUUUUUGAUUUACGUGUAUAAUAUUUUAUUGUGUGAAUAUACAGUUGAAAAUGA